GAUCCGGAUGUCAAAGUUCGCCGCUUUAGGAAGCCGGCUUCCGGAGUCUCCUUUUUGCUACCGGGUCUCUGCGGCGUGGGCUACCUGCGGGGAUGAGGCAGAAGCACUACCUUGAGGCCGCGGCAUGGAAACUACAAGAUAGCUGCCCGGGCCAGGCCCGCUACCUCCUCUGGGCCUACAGCUCGUCACACGAUGAUAAAAGCACUUUUGAAGGAACAUGUCCAUACUGUUUCCAGUUGCUUGUUCAGGAUAAAUCUCGAGUGCGCCUCAAACCCAAGCCCAAACUGACACCCAAAAUACAGAAACUUCUUAAUCGAGAAGCAAGAAAUUAUACACUCAGUUUUAAAGAAGCAAAAAUUCUGAAAAAGUACAAAGACUCCAAAAGUGUGCUGUUGAUUACUUGUAAAACGUGCAACAGAACAGUUAAACAUCAUGGAAAAAGCAGAAGCUUUCUGUCAGCACUGAAGAGCAAUCCUACCACUCCUACGAGUAAACUCAGCCUGAAGACCCCAGAGAGAAAGACUCCAAGUUCUGCAAAGCUAAAUCACAUGUCUGGUUCCAAAGGCAAGAGCCCAGCAUUGAUUUUCAGAACACCUACAUCUGGACAGUCAACACCCAUUUGUUCCUCAAAGAAUGUGAGCAAAACAAAGAAACACUUCUCUCAACUAAAAAUGUUGCUUAGUCAGAGUGAAUCCAAAAAAAAUCCAAAGAUGGACUUUAGAAAUUUCUUAUCUUCUUUGUAAAGGAUGGACUAUGAAGAUAAAUGUUUAAUGCAAUUUCUGAAACUAAAGUUAGAAAAACUGCUUUUUAAAAAACUUGUUUAUUCUUAAAAUAAAUGGAAACUCAGGUCCAAGAGCAAACUUUUCUUGACAUUCUUCAGUGUUUAUGGAGAAAAUACCUAAUUGGAAUGAAAAACUGAACCCUGCCUGCUUCACAGGGUGAUUGCGAGGAUCAAAAAUAUAUGAAAGAUAUGUCUCCUCAGGCAAGGGAAAGAAAACCAAAAAUAAAUGGGAUUACAUCAAACUAAAAAGCCUCCAUACAAAAGGAAACCAAUAAAAUGAAAACCUGCCGAAUGGGAGAAGAUAUCUGCAAAUAAUAUAGCUGAUAAAGUUGAUAAACUCAUAUAACUCAACAACAACAAUAAAAAUAACCUGUUAAAAAAUGGGCAGAGAAGCUGAUAGACAUGUUUCCAAAGUAGACAUACAAAUAACCAACAGACACAUGAAAAGAUGUUCAACAUCACUAAUUAGGGAAAUGUAAAUCAAAAUCACAAUGAAAUACCACUUCACACCUGUCAGAACAGCCAGGAUCAAAAAAGCCAACAAAGUGUUGGCAAGGAUGUGGAGAAAAGGAAACCCUUGUACCUACACUGUUAGUAGAAAUAUUAAUUGGUGUAGACACUGGAAGACAGAUUUCUUCAAAAAUUAAGAAUAGAGCUAUCAUAAGAUCCAGUUAUCCCACUCCUUGCUAUUUAUCCAGAGAAUACAAAGACACAAAUCUGAAAAGUUAUCUGUACCCCCAUGUUCAUCGUGGCAUUAUUUAUCAUAGCCAAGAUAUGGAAACAGCCUAAGUGCUCAUCAACAGGUGAAGAUUUAAAAAGAUGUUACAUAUAUACAGUGGAAUACUACUCCACUAAAAAAAAAGAUAAAAUCUUGCCAUUUGCAAUAAUAUGGAUGGGUAUGGAAGGUAUUAUGCUAAGUGAAAUAAGUCCAACGGAGAAAGACAAAUACCAUAUGACUUCACUCAAGUGGAAUAUGAAAAACUAAUAAAAAUAAAUGAACAAACCAAACUGUGACAAACAUACAGAAAUAGAAUACGGUACACCUGAAACUUCAUAAUGUUAUAAAUCAUUGUUUCCUCAAAUAAAUAGAAAGGAAACAAGUAAAAAAUACUUUUCUUCCAUUAGAGCUUGGCAAACUGAAAAGUCAAGGUUAUCAAAAAGUUGGCUUUGUAGUUACAUGAAGUGAAAUUACAUUAACUAGUGCCAGCAUCAAGGAGGGAUGGCAACGCCCAUCAUUCUGGACUUGAACCACAGGCUGCAGAAGCGGGGCCUUCCCUUUGUGUCCACAGCAUCCAGUGCAGUAUUUUGGUCAUGAGAGAGAGUUUACCUUUCUGGCUAACUUCUCACUGGAACAGCUGAUUCUCUUCAGCCCUUCUUGCUUUCCUGUUCCCUUACGCUUCUCCCUGGUCACACACUCAUAGUGAGCUCUUUGUAGUUCUCAGAACAUACUUUCUUGCCAGCCUUGGACUCUGCACAGUUUGAGUCUGCCCUCCUCCAGUCCAACCCCACCCCACUGCAUUAUGACGGGCCACUCUGAUUACAGAGCUGGUGACCCUGUAGUUGCUGUUUCUCAUUGUGUCCCUGACUGCCUAAACUUUUUGCAGACCUUGAGGAUCUCACUUACUCCUCCAACACAUAGCACAAGCUCUGCAAAUAUUCCUAAGUUACUACACUUAAAUUCCUUCACCUACAUUUUCCACAGUAGGUCCUUUACAGUCACAUGACUGAAAAGUAGGUAAGAAAUAGCAAAAAUAGGAAUUCUUAUGUGGGGAGUGGUUCACAUUAGGUUAGUUGCAAAUCAAGAACACCAUGGAUUCUUUCUGUUUGGUAGAAGAGUCUGGGCAUCUUUAUAGUGUGGACAGAAAUUGGUAGAAAACAAACCUCUAAAUCUUCAUAAGCAGUGGUUUCUUAAGUGACACUAAAACACAGGCAAAUAUAUAUACAGAUAAACUGGACUUGAUCACAGGUAAAAACUUGAGUGCAUCAAAUGGGAACACCAUCAAGAAAGUGAAAAGAGAACUUCCUGAGUGAUACAGUAGGUAAGAAUCUGCCUGCCAAUGCAGGGGACACAGGUUCAAUCCUUGGUCUGGGAAGAUUCCACAUGCCACACAGCAACUAAGCCUGCAGAGCACAACUUCUGAGCCCGAGUGCUCCAAUCACAGAAGCGCACUUGCCUAGAGCCUGCGCUCUGCAACAAAGAGUAGCCCAUGCUCACCACCACGAGAGAAAAGCCCACAUGCAGCAGCCAAGGCCCAGCACAGCCAAAAAUAAUUUUUUUUUUUUUUGCAAAAAUAAUUUUUUUAAAAAGUGAAGAGAGGGGACUUCCCUGGUGGUCCAGUGGCUAAGACUCUGAGCUCCCAGUGCAAGAGGCCCAGGUUGGACCCCUGGUCAGGGAGCUAGAUCCCACAUGCUACAACGAAGACCCAGAGCAGCCAAAUAAAUAAAUAAAUAAAAUUAAAAAAAAAAAAAAGUGAGAGAACCCACUGAAUCAAGAAAAUAUUAGUAUGUGUAAGUCACAUUUAUCUGUUAAGAGGCCUGAAUCCAGAAUUACAGAGAACUCUUGAAACUAACAACAGCAACAAAAACAACAAAGGAUCUAGCACACAAUUCAACAAAGAAAAUAAAUGGCUCCAAUGAGCACAUGAAAAGAUCUUCAACAUCUUACAUCUAACAUUAGUCAUUAUGGAAAUGCAAAUCAAAACAAUGAGAUGCCAUUUCAUACCCACUGGGAUAGCUAAAAUCACAAAAACAGUACAAGUGUUGGUGAGAAUGUGGUGAAAUGGGAACUCUCACGCAUUGCCCCCAGGACUGUAAAAUUGUGUAACCACUUCGGAAGAGUUUGGCGGUUCCUCAAAGUUUAAAGAGUUAUCGUAUGACCCACAAUCCUACUGCUAGGUAUAUAUACCCAAGAGGACUGAAAACAUGUUGAUACAAAAAUCUUGUAUAUGAAUAUUCAUAGCAGCAUUAUUUAUAAUAGCCCAAAAGUGAAAACUCAAAUGUCUAUCACGUGUUCAAUAAUGAAUUACUAAUGCAUACUAUAAUGUGGAUGAAACUUGAAACGUGUUAACUGAAAGAAGCCUGAUACAAAAGGCCACAUAUUGUAUCAUUUGAUUCACAUGGAAUGCUCAGAAUAGGAAAAUAUAGGAGGAAUAGAUUAAUGGUUGCUGAGGGGGAGAGGGGGGAAUGGGGAAUGGACUGAUAAAUGAGAACAGGAUCAUUUUUCACAGUGAUGCAAAUAUUCUGGGAAGAAAGUGAAAGUUGCACCUGGGGAGAGGGGAGGAGAGGGUGAGAUGUAUGGAAAGAGUAACAUGGAAACUUAUAUUACCAUAUGUAAAAGAGUCAACAGGAAUUUGCUAUAUGGCUCAGGAAACAAAACGGGCUCUGUAUCAAUCUAGAGGGGUGGGAUGGAGGGAGAUGGGAGGGAGGUUCAAAAGGGAGGGGAUAUGUGUGUACCUGUGGCUGAUUCACGUUGAGGUUUGACAGAGAACAACACAAUUCUGUAAAGCAAUUAUCCUUCAAUAUAAAAAAAAUUUUUUUAACUUUUAAAAAGAAAGUGAAAGUCAUGUCCGACUCUGCAACCCCAUGGCCUAUACAGUCUAUGGAAUUCUCCAGGCCAGAAUACUGGAGUGGGUAUUCCCUUCUCCAGGGGAUCUUUCCAACCCAGGGAUCGAAUCCAGCUGUCCCACAUUGCAGGCAGAUUCUUUACCAGCUGAGCCACCAGGGAAGCCCAAGAAUACUGGAUGGAAUGGGUAGCCUAUCCCUUCUUCAGGAGAUCUUCCCGACUCGGGAAUCUAACCGGGGUCUCCUGCAUUGCAGGCAGAUUCUUUACGAAUGGAGCUCCCAGGGAAGCCCCUAAAUAUUCUGGAGUUAGUAAUUAUUGGGUAACUUUAAAAACCACCGAAUAUACUAAAACCCACUGAAUUCUACACUUUAUUUUUUUAAAUUUAUUUUUAUUAGCUGGAGGCUAAUUACUUUACAAUAUUGUAGUGGUUUUUACCAUACAUUGACAUGAAUCAGCCAUGGAUUUACAUGUGUUCCCCAUCCUCAUCCCCCCUCCCGAAUUCUACACUUUAAAAGGGUGAUUAUAAUGUGUAAUUAUCUCAUUAAAGCUGUUACUUAAAAAAUGAAAAUAAACAUUACCUAAAAAUAUUCCAGUGUAUGUUGGCAGCAAUGUAAAUUGGUGCAGCUAGUAUAGAAAAGGAUAUGUAGGUUCCUAAAAAAACUAGAAACAGAACUACCAUAUGAUCCAGGAAUCCCACUCCUGGGUAUCUAUCUGGAAAAACUGAAAACACUAAUUCAAAAAGAUGCAGGCUCCCCAGUGUUCACUACAGCACUAUUUACAAUAGCCAAGACAUGAAAGCAACCCAAAUGCCCAUUAAGAGAUGACUGGAUUAAUAAGAUACAUACAUAUACAUAUGUGUAUAUACAUAUCUACAUACGUAUAUUAAUACAUACAUAUACAGAUACACAUGAUGGAAUAUUAGUUCUAAAAAAGAACGAAAAGAUUGCUUGGAGGAGGGCAUGGCAACCCACUCCAAUAUUCUUGCCUGGAGAAUCCCAUGGACAAAGGAGCCUGCCAGGCUGUACUCCAUAGGGUCACGCAGAGUCAGACUUAGCACGUACACAUGCACUGUUAUUUGCAGCAAUGUGUAUGGACCUAGAGAAUAUUAUGCUUCAUGAAGUGUCAGAGACAAAUAAUGUAUGAUAUCACAUAUGCAAAAUCUAAAAAACAAUAUAAAUGAAUGUAAAACAAACAGACUUACAGAAAUAAACUUGUGGUUACCAAAGGGGAGAGGAAAAGGGAAAAGGACAAAUGAGGCGUAUGGGAUUAAGACACAACUUACUAUAAAUAAAAUAGAUAAGCAAUAGGAUAUCACAGGGAAUUACACCCAUGAAUCUUGUAAUAACCUAUAAUGGAGUGUAUCUGCAAAAAUACUGAAUAACUAUGUUUAACAUCUGAAACUAACACAAGUAUAUCAAGUAUCUUUCAAUAAAAAUUUUUUUUAAUAUUA